GAAAGGGUUAGAAUCAAGAAACCGACGUCCCUCUCUCUCUCUCUCUUUCUCUUUCUCUUUCUCUUUCUCCUUCUCCUUCUCCUCACCUCUUCUUCCUCUCUGCUUCUGAUCUCUCUCUCUCUCUCUCCCUGAUUAAACCUUCAUAAUCAGGGAGUCUUCGGAUUCUUUCGAUAUAAUUUACAAGUCUUUUUGUCUUGUCUAGCUCGUUGCUGCCCUUCGACAUCUCCAAAGCUUUCUCCUUUUAUGCUCUCAAAGAGGGCUUAUGCAGCAAGCGAAAUGGGACAAAGAAAUAGAACAGUCGAUUUAGAAAUGGAGCAGCAGCAGCACCAGCACCACCAUUCUCAAUCCUCUAUCCAACCAGGUCCUUGCAUCCUUCUGAGCAGCUUUCCCCCACAACAACAACAACAACCUGAUAACAAUAAUAAUAACCUACCUGCAAUGGCUGCAAGCUUUCCUAAUUUAGAAGCUCGUUCUCUUCAAGACCCAACCUCCUAUGACAUGUUCUAUGGUCUUCCUCAGUACCAUCAUCACCACCAACUCCAUCAGCCUGCUCCUCCUCCGAAUUACUAUGUUCCCUAUAUGGCAUUUCAGGGUCCAUCCUCAAGCAGUCAAGGUGUAGUUGGAGUAAGUUCUGAUCAGUUUAUGGAUCAUACAAGAGGGGCGUAUAAGAGAAAGAACGCCGAAGGAAUACCAGUGAUGAAUCAUCAGUCUCUGAGUACUUUAGCAGCUCCAUUCAACAAUACACCUGAGACAAUAGCUCCUUUUGGAGGCCCAAGGAGCAGACCGAUGAACCCUGUUCUCCCACCUCCUCCUCCUCCUCCUCCUCCUCAUGCUCCUAAUAGCUUCAUUCAAGGGAGCUAUCCUGGUCAUCAUCCUUUCCCACCUCCUGGCUCAAUCUGGUACGAACAACACCAUGGCAGACUUGAUGGUUCACCAUCGUUUUGGCCCCACCCACCUUACAUGCAUGGUACCUACCGACCCAUUAUUUCUUUUUUAAAAGCUUUGAAAUUUUGUAAUAUUUAUCAUCUAUCUUUUGUAGCUGGCUCCAUAGAGUCUAGUGGUAGAAACCCUACAGCGUUCAUGUAUCCUCCGAGGGACCAUUAUUAUCAUCACCCUCCACCUCCUCCUCCUCCUCCUCCUCCUCAUGUACAAGGAGUGAGAGGCCAGAGCGCCACAUUGUACCCUCCCAUGGCUUCUUCUUCACCAUCGUAUGGAUUUCCUCCUGGGAACUUUGCUCCUCCUCAGAACACAAUCAAUAGAGGUGGUCCCUCGGGUUCAGAGAUGGGUCCAGUUCAACCAACAGGGUUUCGGAUAUACCAGAGAGAUGAUUCUGUACCUUUAGCAGCUCUUAGACAACACCGUGGAGGAGUUCCUCGCUUUAGAAUGAUGCCUGAUGAUGAAGUUGCGAUAUUGGAGUUUGGAGACUUCCUUGGUGGUGGCUCUGGAAAUAACCACAUUGAUCAUCAUCGAGAUAUGCGUUUGGACAUCGAGGAAAUGUCUUAUGAGGAGCUACUUGCGUUGAGCGAGCGAAUUGGAACCGUGAACACUGGUUUGCCUGAGGAAGACGUUAAGAACCAUCUGAAAACAAGAACAUGUUCUGUAAUCAACCUUGCAGCAGAGUCCUCGUCGUCCUCUUCGAAAACUAAAGAUAGAGAAACAGAACCUUGCACCAUAUGUCAGGAGAGUUUCAAGAACGAAGAGAAGAUAGCGACUUUGGAUUGUGGGCACGAGUAUCAUGCAGGAUGCUUGGAGAAAUGGCUGGUUGUGAAGAACGUUUGCCCAAUCUGUAAAGCAGAGGCAUUGGUCACGGAGAAGACAACUGUUUAAUAGGAAGAAAGAAUGGCUUUUUAAAUCUAUAUAUAUAUAUAUUUAUAUAAAAAAGAAACUUAACAAGAAGAGAAGGGAAGAAAACAAUAGUUUGGGCUUGUUUUCAGCUCCAAAAAGGAUUCUGUAAAUUUGUACUCUUUUUUGUUUGUGCAGAUAUUAAUAUGUGUUAAUGGUGUCACUCUUUUC